UUUUAGUUGAUGUAGUUAACAUUUCUUUUUUUCCUCCUUGCUUUUUAUUUCUUCUUUAACCAGGGUGCAGGUUGAAGGUGCCUUUUUUUCUCAUGAGGAGGAUAAGGUUCCACACAAGGACAAACCUGUGAGGUGGCACUGUGGCUUUCCAAAUAAAGUUCUGUAAUACACUUAGACUCUAAUUGACUGCAGUCAGUGCAUUACAGAACUUUGUUUUGGGAGUUAAUACUUUAACCUAUGGAGAAGAAGCUACAAACAUCUGGAUGGUUCAGUCUCUAGCAUGAUGCAAUAAUUCUUUUUUUUUUUAAUAAAUGUUGUUUGAAUAAAGGUUCUCUCUGUUGUAUGCAUUUCUAACAGUUUUAAAAAAACAUGCUAUGGGUAUUCUGUGAUCCCCAGCACUGCAGCUUAUGCUUUUUGCCUUCUUACUAUGUGUAAAAAUGCUGCUUAAACAACUACGCUGUGUGCCAUAUGGAAACAGUAGUCACGCUGGUCAGGUGACUGAGUGGAGGUGAGGCAGAAAGGUAAACAAACUGUGUAAAGAUACUGUUUUUAGAACCAGUUAACUUUCAUCUUAUUGCACUGUAGUAAAGCUGCAACUUUAAAGGGAGAUUCAUUUUGUUUAGGCUUGAUAAACGUUUUUUUUUUAAUUGACCUGCAUUAGUCAUUGUCUAUUGAGUACAUUUUCCCUACAAAACAUUUUUCAUUAACUUGAUAUUUAAUAGAAAACACAGCACAGCAAACAUGUGAUGGUUAAUAUAUCUUAAGUCUGUAAACUUAAGUGUAAUUGCUAUUCCAGUCUACAGUAAGUGGAGCAUAUGCAGCCAGUUCUCUUUUGCAAGGCAUGCUGGGAAACGUAUUAAAUGGUGCGUUCAGAGCAUGCCGUUAACUCACUUUAUAGAAACGUGUCAGUUGUGUAACUACAACAUUUUAAACCGGAAAAAUAACGUUUACUUUUAACAUCUUAAUGAUGUACGACGUACAAUAAUUACAGGAAGGAGUGCAUUUAGCUCAGAUCUAUUCUGGCCGAAAACUGUACACGUAAACCAAUCACAUAACUCGCUCAGAGACACGUAGAAAGCGAGUCCCCCUCUUCACAAACACAUCCCCACCUCCCCCAAAAGCCCUGUUAGGGUGGUAUUUUUGUGGUGUGGAAUCCUUCAGAAUGUCACUGUCUUGUUGUGUGAUAUGAUUUGUGUAAUGCUCAGAUCCUCAAGUCCUUUAGUUAUUAACUAACCUUAGCCCUACUAGAAAUUCUGCAAUGAUAUGAAUGUGUAUUUUUUGUGUUAUUAAAAAACAAAGCAAUAAAACUUUGAGAAGCAAUCAUAGAUGGGAAAAUUAGAUGGUAAAUUCCAUAGUUGACUGACUUAGUGUUCAAUCUAUAGUCUGGAUGACUGCUUGGUAAAAACAACGUUCGUAUAUUCUAUUACGUUAGUAUAUUCUAGUACAUUAAAAUCGGUUUGAAAUGCCAACAAUGCUUUUCUACCUCUGACAGCAGUGAAUAUUUGCAUUUAUUAAAUUUCCCACUAAAGUGUUACUAUUGUGGCUGGAGUGCGAGAUGUCCGACAGUCAGGGAAGGCAGCGCGCUUUCACUGCGCUGACCUCUGACAGCGGCUCGUGGAUGGGCUCCCUCCCUUCACAAACACGGAAGCAGCAUGGCGUCCGACAGCAACGGCGGCAGCUCCGACAGCCAGCGGAUUGCACAGCACAGACUGAGCGUAAUUGCCGGACAUUUACAGAGACCGGCGGAGGGCUACACGGCUCUCCUGGCCGCAGAGUGUAAAGCCCAAGGGAGCAAACCAGAUGUCUCCAGCGACGAAAGGACGGUUCCCAGGAGGAGGCAGGAGAUUAUGAAAUGGAACGGCUGGGGCUACAGCGAUUCAAGAUUCCUUUUCAAUAAGAAAGGCCAAGCAGAAUUUACAGGCAAAAGGUAUAGACUGAGUGGCAUGAUCAUACCCGGCCUCAGAGACUGGAUGGAGAGCACGUUUGGUGCCAAUCUGCAGCAUAAAACUCCGGCAGUUCCGGUUCUGAACAGCAGCGUUGUCCAGCCUCCAACUCUAAAUGAGGCCUUUGUGGGGGAACUCAAAUCCACAGGUAUUCCAUUCUCUCAUGAUGUGGAGGAUCGGGUGUUCCGUGCUCACGGCCACUGUUUACAUGAGAUCUUUGCUCUGAGAGAGGGGAAGAUUGGCCGUAUUCCGGAUAUGGUGGUUUGGCCAAACUGUCACAAUGAUGUUGUGAAAAUUGUGGAGCUGGCGUGCAAACACAACGUCUGUUUGAUACCAUACGGAGGGGGAACAAGCGUCUCGAGUGCCCUAGAGUGCCCCCCAGAGGAAACCCGAUCCAUUGUGUCUUUGGAUACCUCACAGAUGAACCGCAUUCUUUGGAUUGAUGAGAAAAAUCUAACUGCACACGUGGAGGCCGGCAUUGUCGGCCAGGAUCUGGAACGAUUGCUUAAUGAGAGCGGCUACUGUACAGGACACGAACCAGACUCCAUGGAGUUCAGCUCCCUGGGGGGGUGGGUAGCAACUAGAGCAUCAGGCAUGAAGAAGAACAUCUAUGGCAACAUUGAAGACCUGGUGAUCCAUGUGAAGAUGGUAACUCCACGGGGUGUGAUUGAAAAGAGCUGCCAGGGGCCACGCAUGUCCACGGGGCCAGAUAUCCACCACUUCAUCCUGGGCUCAGAAGGAACCCUGGGUGUGGUUACCGAGGUAACAAUGAAGAUCCGUCCCAUGCCAGAGUAUCAGAAAUACGGCUCGGUGGUGUUCCCCAGUUUUGAGCAGGGAGUGGCCUGUCUAAGAGAGGUUGCCAGACAGAGAUGUGCUCCAGCAUCAAUACGGCUCAUGGACAAUGAACAGUUUAAAUUUGGUCAUGCCCUCAAGCCUCAAGUAUCUUCGAUCUUUACUUCCUUUCUGGAUGGGCUGAAGAAAUUUUACAUCACCAAGUUCAAAGGCUUUGACCAGGACCGCCUGUGUGUGGCCACCCUGCUGUUCGAGGGGAACCGCGAGAGGGUUUUGCAGCACGAGAAGCAAGUUUAUGACAUCGCCGCAAAAUUCGGGGGCCUGGCAGCUGGAGAGGACAAUGGGCAGAGGGGCUACAUGUUGACCUUCGUCAUCGCAUACCUCCGGGACUUGGGGAUGGACUAUUAUGUGAUCGGGGAGUCCUUUGAAACCUCUGUGCCUUGGGACAGGGUGUUGGACAUCUGCAGGAAUGUAAAAGCACGCAUUGUUCGAGAGUGUAAAGAUAAAGGAGUUCAGUUUCCACCAUUAUCUACUUGCAGGGUCACGCAGACGUAUGACGCCGGCGCCUGCGUCUACUUUUACUUUGCCUUCAACUACAGGGGACUGGCAGAUCCAGUGCACGUGUAUGAGCAAGUGGAGCAUGCAGCUAGAGAAGAGAUCCUUGCCAAUGGAGGAAGCUUGUCGCAUCACCAUGGAGUGGGAAAACUUCGGAAGGAGUGGAUGAGGGAGACUGUCUCCAAUGUGGGCGUCGGAAUGCUCAAGUCUGUCAAGGACUACGUGGAUCCCGAUAACAUCUUCGGCAACAGGAACCUCCUCUAGGUUCCUGCUGCCUCCGGUCUUUGUCUCACCUUCCUCCUAAAGCGUCCCGUCCACUCCGGAUUAACAGAUACUAAAUGUGAAUUCAGAAAGGGACGGAGAUGGUCUUCUGCUUCAAAUGUGUGAUUCGGUGCCAUUAAAUGAUUCACCCGAACCUUUUCUUUUUACCGUGUAAUGCACUUAUCUGCUGUAACAAUCACUGUCAUUCGUGUUGAGGGUCAGUUUCUCUGUUUUGUUGCGGCCUCAGCUUCCUGCGCAGUGACCACGAUGCAACUUGAUGCAACAAAACUCUGAUGUUUGUCCUAUUUGCUUUUUGUUUAAUCGGCUCUUUAAGCGUUCUUGCCAACAUAGGAAAGAUUUCUUGUUUUCGUGUUCCUACCGUGUGUGUGUGUGUGUGUGUGUGUGUGUGUGUGUAUUUGGGGCACUUCUUUAGUGGUCAUUUUGAGGUGAAUGCGCUUUCUAAAGCUCUGUGCCUUUCUAAAGCUUUUGUCUGCCUUCCCCUUCUCCUCCUGCACACUUCUGUUCAGUGAGUCUCUCCGUGAAGAGAAGUAGUCAUGACAGUCCUCGGCGUUUGUCUUUUCUCUCCUUUCUGCCUUCUGUUGUGUACCGACCCGUUGCCAUAAGAGACUUGUAUCUGGACUGAGUGUGUUUGUUUGUGCCUCCUCAGACAGAACCAACCCGAACCCCCUGUUUUGUGCUCAGAUUCUCCAGCAGUCCCUCCAUGUCCCGCCCGAUAGCAAAGAGAGAUGUGCGUUUAGUUUUUGUACUGAAAGCCUUUACCCUGCUCGGUUUGUCACUGAAAAAGCAAAGUGGGGGGGGGGAGAAAAAGCCGUUUCAAAAACGGAUGUUGUAGUUUGAUCAUGUUUUCAGUUUAAGGCCUCCGGAUCACGGUGCUCAUGUCGUACCAAAGACUCAAUUCAUCAAAUCAUGCAAACACACUGCACACCUUUGAUGUCCCGACCACCACGUCCACAGUUGUCUGGCCUCCUCACACACUAUUUAAUUCUACUUUGUUGAUAAUUAUAUGCAAAGAUAACCAUCUUUAUUUCUCUUACAUGUAAAUCUUUGACUGUUACACUUGCUAAACCUAUCUGUUUGAAAUAUUUAACUUGUACUCAGUGUAAUUUCUUUUUCUGAAUCAUGUUUGUUUCAUUGGUAUCCCCCCCCCCUCUCCUCUCAAGGGACAAAAAAAUCUUCUGCUCCUCCAAUAGUAGAGUAUUUAGUCUUUCUAUAUUGUGUAAAAGGCUUUUGGAACGAUGAUGUACCGUGUUACAUUUUGAUACUGAACUUUUAGCACAUGACCAAGCAUUUUGAAGAAAUUUUCAUCUUUUUAUCCGUCUGAGCUGCGCUUCACAUUUUCCAGGACCGUUGUGUCCCUUUCGUCCUCCUAAAAAGACUCCUUUUGGACCCAACAUUUAACUCUGUGUCAAAAGAUGUGCGUGAGCUUUUCCACGUUAUGACUGUACCUUUUGUCUUUUCUUUCAUUCUGUUUUCUGUCAAUUUUCCACUUCUCCUAACGACAUAGUAACAUCAAAGUACAUUUUGUCAAUGCUGUUUGUGCAAUAAACUGAACUAAAACUCA